GCCAGCACUAUUGAUUUGGCAUACUUUGGCUACACCCAAGACAUACUGGCAACGCGUGUCAACGAUCAGAUAUCACACUCAACUGACCCCCAUCAGCAACCUACCAUGUGAUCUGAUCUGUGAUAUACAAGUAGAUUGCAGCCAAAAUGCCAAGCUGGAGAUUUCCUCCCUGCUUGGGCUGACCGAUACAUGACAGGAAAUACUCCUCUGCUCAACCAUCGUAGUUACUGCUCACCGCUUGAUCAACCCGAACGUCCCAUCUUUUAUGAUAGACGAGUCACUGGUGAUAGAACAGCAAACCAUCCAGAGCUGUAUAUGCGUGGAAUCGUGAAUGGAGAAGAUGCAAAAGCAGCAAAAUAAAACGGCAUGGGCAGUCUUGGCACUGUCGGUAAUACCAAUACCAACACAGCAAGUGGACCGCCAUCUGGCUUCACUUCUUCUUCUCUAUUUUUAUCCUCAAGAUCACCCGGACUACCAUGGUCUUGGUUCAAUAUUCGGAUUCAGAUUCGGACAGUGACGUCCAGGAAGCAUCACCUCCCAGACCGGCCAAAAAACCCCGUCGGAAUGGCAUUCCCAAAAGUCAACAGGCCUCUUCCCUUCCUCCUCUACCAGCAGCUUUCCACGAUCUUUACGCAGCAAGCACUCGGGUCAGUGUGAGAGAUGACCCUAGUCUCCAUGGAGGUCGGAAACGAGUGAUCCCUCAUGUCGAGGGGAAUUGGCCAACGCAUUUAUACCUAGAAUGGUACCCAUCAAAAGGAGACCUUGCCAUCUUGAAUGACAUUAUUUCCCAGUCGAAAGAGAAAACUGGCAAAACCUCAAGGGAGAUCCAUAGCCUCCUCAAAAGUGAUCUUGGGGCUCAACUCCCGCUUCACAUCAGUUUGUCUAGACCAGUAGUUCUUCGAACUGAGCAAAGGCAAUCGUUUAUGGAAACAUUUGAAACUGCCAUUCAAGUCUCUCGCAUACCACCAUUCAAUGCCACACUGGAAAGCCUGGACUGGGUCUCCAAUUACGAAAAAACACGCUGGUUUCUAGUACUGCGUGUCAAGAGACCAGAGCAUGAUAAUCUGAACCGCCUUCUUAAGCUGUCGAAUCGUUCUCUAUCACUUUUUGAUCAACCGCCGCUAUACCAGAGCAAUCAGAAAACCGACACUGAAGAUUAUUCUCACUGCUUCCAUAUUUCCCUUGCCUGGAGUCUGACAGAGCCAUCGUCGCACGAUAAGGAACGCAUUGCAAGCACAGAUCUCCAAGAACUGAGAGAGCUGCAGAUUCUUUUCAACUGCGUGAAAUCGAAGAUUGGUAACAAUAUCUCGAGCAUACCUCUAUCCACAGGAAUACUUCAUGAGAAAGGUCUUGGUGGGUUAUGAGAUGGCAUUCUGGUCGAAUAAGUUAUUUUCAAGAUACCACUGAGUUUUAUAUAUUUUUCUAGACCCAGGAAAAUAAGCAUAUGUUUAUCCUGUAACCGCAUCAAUGCAAACUGAAAAUAUUAUUUUUUCCUGCGAG